GAACGGUAGAAGCCGGACAACUUUAUGGAAGACGCUCGCUGUCGAUGACUUGAGGCUAGUCAUCACAUGCCCUCCAUAAAAUCCUUCUAAUUAAGUACCAAACAUACAAGCUGCCACAUCCACUCAACUCAAAGAUGAGAAAUAAUGGUACUACUCAUGGCUCUUCUCCACCACACGUUGUUCUCUUCCCAUUCAUGGCCAAAGGCCACACUAUCCCUCUUCUCCACUUCGCCCACCUCCUCCUCCGCCGCGGCGUCACCGUCACCAUCUUCACCACCCCCGCCAACCACCCUUUCGUAUCCAAGUCCCUCAAUGACACCGCCACCUCCAUCAUCACCCUCCCCUUCCCGGACAACAUCUCCCCGCACAUCCCCGCCGGAACCGAGAGCACCGAUAAGCUCCCAUCCAUGUCCCUCUUCUACGACUUCGCCGCCGCCACCGUGGCCAUGCAGCCACACUACGAACAAGCCCUAGAAACCCUCCCACAUGUAACCUUCAUGGUCACCGACGCGUUCCUGUGGUGGACACUACACUCAGCCACCAGAUUCAGCAUCCCGAGGCUUUACUUCUUCGGCAUGAGCUGCUACAGCAGCUGCGUCACCGGAGAAGCGAUGCGUGGCGGGAUUUUCAACGGUUCCCAACCCGACGGUGAGUUAGUUGCGUUAACUCGGUUCCCGUGGAUCAAACUUUGUAAAGAUGAUUUUGAAGCCUCGUUCAAAAACAUCGAUCCCUCGAGUUUACAGCACGAUUUCAACGUGAAAGUGUUUUCGACGAUGGCUAGCAGCUAUGGAGUGUUGGUGAACAGCUUCUACGAGCUUGAACCUACCUUCAUUGAUUACAUGAACAUGGAGGUGGAGGGUUCUCCUAAGUCCUGGUGCGUUGGCCCUUUUUUUUUGGCUGAACCGACCACCAAGAGUUCUGUUGAACCAGGUAUGAAAACUAAAUGGGUUCGGUGGCUGGACCAAAAGUUGGAAGAGAAGUGCUCCGUUCUAUAUGUUGCAUUUGGGUCACAGGCUGAGAUAUCAAAAGAGCAAUUGAAAGAGAUAGCAAUCGGAUUGGAGGAAUCAGAGGUGAGUUUCUUGUGGGUGAUAAGAAAGGAUGAUGGAAGUAUAUCAAGUGGGUAUGAAGAAAGGCUGAAAGGGAGAGGAAUGAUAGUGAGAGAGUGGGUGGACCAGAGAGAGAUAUUGAUGCAUGAGAGUGUGAAAGGAUUCCUGAGCCACUGUGGGUGGAACUCAGUGUUAGAGAGCAUCUGCGCUGGGGUUCCUAUUUUGGCAUGGCCACUUAUGGCAGAUCAACAUGUGAACACAAGAAUGAUAAAUGAGGAGAUUAAGGUUGGGUUUAGGGUUGAGACCCAAAAUGGUUCAGUCAGAGGUUUUGUGAAAUGGGAAGCUUUGAGGAAGACGGUGAAAGAACUUAUGGAUGAAGAGAAAGGGAAAGAAGCUAGGAAGAAUGUGAACGAAAUGGCAGACCUAGCUAAAAAGGCUAUGCAAGAGGGUGGUUCAUCGUGGUCCACUCUCAAUGCACUCCUUAAUGAGAUGUGCCAGAAGAAAGAAACAUUAGAAGAAUAAUUCUUACACUAAUUAUUUACGUGUGCAAUUUAAGACUUAGAUAAAAAUCCUAGUAAGAUUUUUAAGUUUAGUUGUUUACAAAUCAUAGUCCAUUACACGCUUUAAACAACCUUUUUUUUGUUUUUUUGUGUUCUACGAGGAAAUUGAUAUUUUUAUAUGGUAGUGCUACUCCUAUUUUCAAUUGCAACAA